AUGUUUGAAAUCCACCUUCGAGAGUCAGCUCCAGAGAGCAGUCCAAGGACAAAGCCACCACCGAGGUCGUCAUCCAUACCUGUCCCCUUCACCUACAAUCCCAGUGACGAUGGAACGGACGAGAAUCUGCUGAUCUUGUUGCAUGGACUCGGAGACACGCAAGUUCCCUUUGGAAAGUUGGGACUCCAAUUGAAGCUACCGCAGACUGCGACUCUUGCUCUACGGGCACCAGAACAGAUACCGUUCCUCUACGAACAAGCAUUCGAGUGGUAUACGUCCUUCGACCCCCUCGGCGACCUCCUCGCACAACCCAACCCCACGCCUGCUCUCGACCUCCUCAGUACCAUUCUCACGCACCUCAUCAGUGACUGCGGCUGGGCACCGCAGCUCAUGCACUUUUUCGGCUUUGCUCAGGGUGGUACCGUCGCCUCCGAGUUUGCGCUCAAAUGGUGGAAAGCCGAGCUGGCCAACCAGCAACGCAAUGCAGAAUACCAUCUUCGCCCGCUUGGAACUGUUGUGAGCGUGUCUGGCCCGUUGCUGUCGUACCCCACUCUCUCGAAGCUCUGUCCGACACCUCUCCUGCUGUUUCACCGCCCUCCGCCGGCCGACAGCGCAUUACCCCCGGGCGCUAUCGCCUCAUUUAAAAAGGGAUUUAGUCACUUCAUCGAGGUCAAAAUGGGCGGUGCCGAUGGGAUGCCACGCUCGAAAGAUGAAUGGGAGCCGAUUAUGCACUUCUGGAGUGAACAACUGAGCAAGAGGCCUACGGAUGGAUUGUAUGAAGUCAUGAGCGGUAUAGCGCCAAUGUGA